AUGGACGGGCUAUCAAGCUCCAAAGUGACGGUCGAGUACCAUGACCCUUCUGGAGUCUUUUCGUUGAUACAAGAGGACUUGGCUGCGCGCCUGCCCCUUCGUAACUUGCACUGGAAAGCUCCUACACGGCCACUGAGAUCCAUCGAUUCUCUGCAUGUUGACCUUGUGCCCAGUAAAGAGUCAGCACAAGCUGCAAGUGCGGCCUCGUCAGCUUCAGCACCUGGUCAAGGUACGCCUAAUAGGAAUAUGGAUGAGAUUUUCAGAGCACCUAACAAAGAGAAAGAGCGGCGACAUCAAAUCCCAGGACUGCGUCAAACUCCUUAUCUAAAGAUCUAUCUUCUGAGAUGUGACGAUUCAGAGACUUAUAAGGCGACUGCACGGAAGCAAGUCCGCGAGUGGGUGAAAGAACACACACCACCUUCUCAAAGCAGUACGGCGAACACUCAGGAGAACCACGAUGCAUACGAAUGGUUGAUUCUACAUGUGGUCGUACCUGAGACGCCAGCAGCAAGUCAGCCUCGUGGGUCUUCAAAUACCAUGACUGGCGAGAAGGAGAAGACUGGGGCAGCUUCUAGAUGGACGCGCGGGACGACGACCCUACUCGAAAAGCUUCGCGCAGACUUCAAUGUCUCCUCAAAAUCGGCACCUGAUCGCGUAGCUCAGAUACGGGUGCCAAAAGAAAGAGUUCCACAGCACAUGCUUCCAGCUGCAGCGCCUGUCACAUCACCACCUAUCACUGAGAGCCCUCAGGAACAAGAGCGUGCCUGGGCCGAUGUCAUAGCUAAGUUCAAGAUGUUGAUACUCCUCUCGUUUGACCUCCGGGUAAGUCAGUACGAAGAGGACAUCCGGAAGAAUGACGCCCAGCGCUCAUUUCCUGGCUGGAAUUUCAACACGUUCUUCAUCUUAAAGGAAGGUUUGGCAAGAGGCUUCGAAAGCGUAGGCCUAGUCGAAGAUGCUCUGCUCGGAUAUGACGAGCUUUCUAUCGGUCUAGACAGCGUUAUACGUGAUCAGUCAAGUGAGAAUGCACAAGGAAGUGUUUUACUCAGCCACUCAGAUGAUCUGUAUCAGAUAGCGGCCGAGAUCGCGCAACAGGAUGGGAAGGACGAAUCAGCAUCGGCCAUACACGACGAUAGGCCAAUCAACGCGCUAAAGAAAGACUACCGCGGUCUCAUCCUCGCGAACAACAUCUCAAUCUUCGACUUCAGGCUGUACAUCUUCGCUCGCCAGAUGUUCUUGCUGUUAAGACUCGGAAAUUCCGUCUCAGCACGUUCUGACCUCGCAGCUAAACUACAACCUCGACCAAAUGCCAGCAUAAUUCAGCGAUCGACUGACGACAGCGCUAUUGGUAUGAAGUCGGGGGGUCAAGUCAAUGAUUCGGAAGAUCUUUUUUCUCUGGCUGAACUCUGCUCUCGCGCACUGAACUUUAUCACUUUUGCCGGACGGCUCUUGCGAGAUGACCUGAUCAAUGGCGCGAAAGCUCACGAUACCACAUUGCCCGACAAUCUAAUUGAGAACGUUGUUCGUUCGUGGACAUUCGCUGCGCUGGACCAAGUGCUGCGCGAAACCUCUACAGGCUCACUUCCAUUUACUAGGUUCUCUAGAGAUCCAUCAACCGGUUCUUCAGGCAAGAGUCUUUCGUUCGGCGGCCGCAACAAAGAACAAAAGAUGAAGGUCUCAGAGCCCAAGUCAAUGAUCCAUCCAUCUCGGUCAACAUCUCUCAACCAUGGACGACCUGCGUCAGACAUGCCAUAUGCACAACCUGCGGCAAAUGCACAGGUUGUGUUCGAGAACGGACAAUAUCACGAUCGACCACCGCCGAACCAACAAAGUGCGAUUCCUUCUGCGAAGAACGGCUUGCAAGAACUGGCCGGUACUAGAGCACAACUGCUUGCUAUUCAGCGACGCCUGCUCGAGCACGCAGGCAAGAGCAUGGGUUGGAACAUAGGCUGGAAUGCUAUCUUGGUGUCUCUGAAUGCGAAAGAAGAGCUAGCUGACGUCAAUUUGGAAGACGAAGAGGAAGAGGAGAGUGAGCUGAAGCAGGACGAAUCAAACACCGAACCGAACACCGAAACCUCGAAGUCACGCCUUGGCAUAUCUGCUGGAGCACUAGUCACCGCAAUGCUAUCGAUCAGGCAAUUCCGACAGUUUUACGAGACCUUGAGCGAUCUAAUUGUCAAGCACUACAUGGCUGCAGGUCAGACUAAGUCAGCAGAAAGUGUACUUGGAGACCUAGCUGCACUUAGAUUCGAGCUUGGUGAUUUUGCGGCAGCUGCUAUGUACUUCGGGCGUAUGGCGUCGUACUUCGCAGAAAGCAGAUGGAACACGGUCGAGACAACCAUGCUCAAGAUGCACGCACGCUGCUUAAAGAAGCUCAAUCGCAAGGACGAAUAUGUUCGAACACUACUUGAUCUUCUAGCCAAGUCGGCAGCGAGCCGGAUGGCGUUCAAGAAUUCGGUCAAGCGAGCCAGCACGACCGAUGCAGAUGAUAUGCCUCGCGACUGGCUCAACGAUGAUAAAGUGGAUACUACUGAUGUGUUUCACGAGCUCAUCAGCUAUUCGCAGCAGCUACCGUACGAUGUUACCGUCCAGAUGCCGAAGUAUUUUGGCGAUAUCUCCGUAGAACCCUACGUUCGCCACUACGAUGACAAAGAUGGCUUCCAGUUACGCCUCCAGUUUAGACACCACCUUGAGGAUGAGAUCGAAAUCCGGGCAGCCAAGAUUCGCCUCGUCAGUGCAGUUUCAAAUCAAGCCAAGGAUAUAUGGCUUGAAGAGACUGGAGCUAUACAGUUGAAGAGAGGGUUGAAUCGCAUGUGGAUCGGCUGCAAUGUGAACACGACUGGACCGUACAUGGUUGACAGGGUCGUCCUGGAAGCAAAACGCAUCGUCUUUGUACACGAGCCUUUUCAGAAAGCUGAGGCAACCACACCCCUUGGCAUCAUUACUUCGGUCUCUGCGCAUUCUCUCAAAGCGGCGAAGAAAGCCCGAAUUCUAUGCUUCCCGCGUAGUGAAGCGUUCCAAGCCAGGAUAUAUCUCUCGCAUUUCAUCCAUAUCGACAAGCCGCGACACAUAGAGGUCGAGUGCUCGACUGGCUGGAAUGAGGUGACACGUGCAGAGGUUCGACUCAAGUCUGCCUCAGCAGGUUUACGACUACGGACAGCAAAUUCAAGUGUGGCCGCCGGAGAGAUCACGAUUGAUGAGAGCAAGCCGACACCAGGAGUUAUCGCUGUUGGUGGCAUGCCGGCAAAUUCCACAGCGACAUUGAAAGUGCCCUACGAUAUGGAGACGAUAUUGCAAGACCUUACAGUCAAGAUAGACGUUGACUACUUCACGGAUGAAGGCCAAUUCCAGUACACCUCAACCUUCGUCAUUCCCGUCGAGUUGCCUCUGGACGUCAAUGUCCAUGACCACUUCAAAAGCAAGUCAUUGUUCUCGAAGUUUAACAUCAAAACCGCCAACCAUGUGCCAUUGGAGCUCCUGGAUGUUACAUUAGAUGGGUCUGAAGAGUUCGAUGUCCACGCGCCUAGGCGUCCGAAGGAGUCCGUACAUGUGUUUCCGAAGCAGCCUGUCGCGGUUACGUACAAGGUUACUAAGAAGGCAACGGACGCUGCGAAAAAGCGACAAAGCCGAAUCUCUACCACGGGUAGCCUAUCCUUGACUGUUGAGUACCGAUGCUUGAAUGAAGAUGUUCUCGACCGAGUGCGAAAGAUGUUCACUGAUGCUGUCGAAGAAAGCCCAGUGCACCGGCUGGCUCGUUUGCUUACCGAUACAUUCGCCAGUCGGUUGGAGCAAGACAUCCUUCCACACCAGUACGAAAAGAUUGCGUUGCUGCAAAGACUCGACCUAGGUGCAUUCGAGGACGUUGGCUGGGCAGACUGUCUGGAAAGUCUGCCGCUCAUCAUUCGUGAUGAUACGCAGAUCUGGUUGCAGAAGUGGCAUGAAAAGCAUAGGACUAUUCUGCUCACCAAGGAUGAUGUGUCAGACACGACGCCACAUGCGAUCGCUCCGCCAUCGCCAAACCCACCCCGUCGGAUGGUUAUCACAGUUUCGAUUCCUCAGACCCACAUCCUACACACCGCAUCACUGUCUUCCAACUCACCCUCUUCGUCUUUAGACUCCGUUAUUGCAACAGUUGGUCAGCCUCUCAUGACCACCUUACGUAUCUCGCAUACGCGCCGCUGGGCCUCACCAUCCAGUCUACUCUCCGCUGCAAACCUUACUGAAGUCAGCGAGCCCAUAGAUUUCGUUUACACCAUCGAUGCAAACCCUGAAGUAUGGCUCGUUGCCGGCCAACGACGCGCGCACUUCACCGCAAAGGAAGAUGAAGAGCAUGAAUGGCCGAUCAUGCUCAUUCCGCUCAAGCCUGGGAAUACGCUAUUGCCAAAUGUGGACAUACGGGCGAAGAUCAAGCCUAAAGAAGAGGAAAAGGGAAAGUCGGGGAUCGUGGAGGCGGAUAUAUUGAAUUGCGAGACCGAUUAUCUGAGCUAUGGAGAAAACGUUGUGGUCGUUUCAGAUGUCAGAAGUAGUACAGUAGGAAUUGGGGAUAUGGGUGUGGGUAGUCCGAGAAGUGUUGUUUGGCUGGAGAGCAGUGGACAGUCAGUGUGA